AUGUUGGUGUUUCGUUUGUCAGUGAUGAUCAAGCUUUUCUUCCAGUUGGAUGCCUCUGUUUGUCCUGAGAAAUGCGACUGCUCUUCAAAAACUGCAAUUCAUUGCUCUGGCCCCCACAUAAAAGACCUGGAAUCAUUAAAUCUGCCUUGCAACAUGACAGAAAUUCACAUAACGGACACUAACCUAACGUACUUGCAGGAUGCUUUUGCGAGGAUGGCGGCACUGCAGCAUCUCAUCUUGUCUUCAAACAACAUCUCUCUGAUUUCACCAAUGGCUUUUAAAGGCUUGAGAAGGCUAAAAGCCCUCAAGCUGCUAGAUAACAAGCUGGUUGAACUCCCCCCAGAAGUGUUUGGUGACAUGUUACAGCUUCAGCAGUUGAUCAUUGAAAAUAACAGGUUGAAAUCCAUCGAAGAAAACUUGUUUGACAAACUAGCGAGUUUGGAGGAGCUUUUCUUGAACAAAAACCAACUAACAGCACUUCCUCGUGGCGUGCUGAAGAAACUUGCCAAACUCAAAGUACUGAACUUGUCGAGAAAUUAUUUGGCAGCACUGCCUAGGAAUAUAUUUAGUGCGUUAGUCAGGCUUGAGAAGCUGAUGCUGUAUUUCAACAGGCUGUCUUCGAUAGAGCCGGGUAUGUUUGACAGCCUGAAGGAGCUGCUGGAGCUCUUCCUGCAUUCCAAUAACAUCCAGUCCAUCGCCCCUGAUGCAUUUCAUUGUCUUCAUAAACUGAGAAGCCUAACGCUCUCCAGAAACAGGCUUGAGGUUUUGCCUCCUGGGCUCUUUCUGCACUUGCAUGACCUGUCUAAAUUGACCUUGUACAGGAACCCACUGAAGUCGCUUCCAGAAAUACUGUUUGGAGAAAUGAGGCAUCUUGGUAGCCUGUGGCUGUAUCACACGAAGCUCUCAACGAUACCAGACUUUGUGUUCAGUAACUUGACAAAUUUAGAGUUUCUUGUGCUGAGUUUUAAUCCAGAGCUUAGCGUUCUUCCGAAGAAUGUAUUCAGUGGGCUGAGUGAGCUGCAGGGCCUUUCUCUGCAUACAAAUAACAUUUCCAGCCUGCCAGAGGGCAUCUUCCUCAGCCUUCAGAAACUGCAGAACAUUUCCCUUUUUGAUUCGAGGCUUGAGGCUCUUCCUAGAAACCUCUUGCGCAAUCUCAGGCACCUUCAGAAGGUUUAUCUCAAUAGUACGAAGCUGCAGUCUCUUCCCGGAGAUUUCUUCACCUCUUUACCUGAGCUGCAAGAAGUCUUCCUUGACAACAACCCUUGGAAAUGCGAUUGCCAAAUUCUUGGCUUCCGAGGGUGGCUCCGGAAGAGCACGGAGAUCGUUAGAAACGUGCCGUCUCUGAUGUGUGACAGCCCGCUGGCGCUGCAGAAUCUCUCCCUCGUGGCUCUAACGGAAGAUCACCUGCAGUGCCUGCCGACCGCAGCCGUUCCGUACCACACGUGCAGCACAGCUUCCGCUCCGCUGGUGACGGAGCACUUGACAUCCUCUUGGGAGACGGCUGUAACAGCGGUGUCUGACGUGGAUACCGGCACGUCCACGUCGAUUCCUCUUGGGACUCCAGUUUCUACCUCCUCACACGCUCAAGGUGUUGGGCAGCCUGGGUUUCCUCUCCCAGAUAUUCCAACCCAAGCUUCUCCCAGCAUCAUAGUAGCAACCAACAGUGUCAGAGGCACAGAUUUAACUACUCUUGCCUGGUGGGAUGAGCUGCCAGCCCACAGGAGUGCAGAGCCCUAUUUUAAUACCGGAAUCACUUAUUGUCAGAUAUUCUUGUGCCUUCGCAGUUUGAUUUUAGCACUCCAGGCUGUAACCCUGGUGCUCAGUCUGUAUGUGAUGGGUAAAACCAGGCAGCUCUCACACUCCAGAAAUAUUCCGGCUCAGCCUGUAGUUCUGGUAAAAUUUUUAAGAAGAUAG